CGCUCGUGCCGCUCGUGGUUUGUCGUCUUCGUCCGCCCCUCUGCUAUCCGGUUGCCGACAGUUCAACGUUCGUCGCUGCUCAGUCGACAGUCGUUACUCGUCACUCGUGCGGAUUCAACAGUAGUUGUUUACUUCUCCGUCACCACUAUCAUGACUCCGGAACCUUUAGAACUCAUCGAUACCGAGCCAUUAAAUCCGUUUAAAAACCCAAGACUUGUGCACGAAGGGUACCUAUACUAUUUUCACAAAAAAUGCAAUCAUCACCUCCGAUGGAAAUGCAGUCGUGUUUAUUCGUUUAAGUGCCCGGCGGUGCUCAAGACGAACCUGGAUAUGCUAAAUCUAAAGUGUAUCGCCAUCGAUCACGAACACGUUCACGGAAACGACUUGAUCGCAGUCGAAGAAUUAAAAUUAAAAUUACGCAUAAACCAAAUUUCGACCUUAUUCAAGAAAAAUACCUGUUUUAAAUCACAAGAUUUGGAAAAAUUUGAUGAAGAAAUUCACUCACCUGAUAAUAUGUUAGAUAAUAAGCUAGCCAGUUGUAGUUCUUCUAUGAAUCAAAUGUAUUUUAUUGAUCCACUUGAUCCCAAUCAUGAAAAUGGAGAUGCUAAAUGUGAAGAAAUAAUCAAAAUUAAUAAUUCAAAAGAUACAAGUUUUAAUUUUGAAAAUUGUCCAUACACUGAAUUACAACAACAAAAUAACCAAAAACUAAUUAUAAUUGAAAAUGGCAUAACGGGCAAUCAUACAAACAAUUCUUCGCCAAAAAAAUGUAUUAAAAAACGUCGGGGAAGACCACCAAAAGAAAAAAAUAUGAUUGUCAGUGAGAAGAAGGAAAAUGAUACACAAAAUAAUGAAUUUACUUUACUUACAAAUACACAUAAGGAAACAAAUAUUUUGACUACAGACCCACACAAAGAAAUAAAUAAUUUAACUACUAAUACUCAAAAAGUCAAAAAUUCUUUGAUUAGUAAUGUACACAAAAAUAACAAUACAUGUAUUUUGACUAAAAAUAAUAGCAAAGGAAAAAAAUCUUUGGUUAGUGGUAUAAAAAACAAAAAAAAUAUGUCAACUGCUAACAGUAACACAUCCAAAAGAUCUUUAACUACAAAUACACACACAAAAAAGAAUAUUAUAACUACUCAUAAACAAAAAAAUAAAAAUUCAUUAAUCCCAAAUGUUAACGGAAUAAAAAUUUCUUCAAAAGUAAAUUCAAAUACAAUUAAAAAUGCACCUAUAAUUAUAAGUACAUCUACUAUUACAAGUACAUCUACAGCUUUAACAACAACAAUUAUAUGUACUCCUAAUAUUGAAAGUACAUUUUUAAUUGAAUGUACUCCCACAAUUAAAAGUACACCAACAGUUACAAGUACUCCUAUAACUGAAAGUUUACCUUCAAUAAAAAUGCCACAUACAAUUGAAAGAUGUAUGAAUAAGAGUAUUGAUUAUGAGGAUGAUAUAAUUAUUAUUAGUGACAACGAAGAUAAUGAUUCUAAUUUUAAUUUUUGUGAAGUUGAUAAUGAAGAGGUUAAUAACGAAAUUAAUGAAAUUAAUAAAAUUGAUUUAAAGGAUUAUGAAUCAAUGAUAUUCACAGAUCUUAAAAAAAAUUGGCCUACAAUCUUAAAAAAAAUGAGUGAUCCUUUGACAGGAAGUAAGGUAAUAUAG